AUGGGGUGGAAGCCACCGGUGUUCCCCUCCCCCGCCAACAGGGAGUCCCUGCCCUUGCCCUACCUGAAGCAGGAAGAGCUGCACAACAUCCCCAGCUCGGAGCCUCCCUGCCCCACAUUCCAGUACGUUCUCUGUGCAGCCACCUCCCCGGCUGUGAAGCAGCAGGAAGAGACCCUCACCUACCUGAACCAGGGCCAGUCCUAUGAGGUGCGGAUGCUGUGCAACCCCAAGCUGAGCGAUGCUACCCAGUGGGCCCAGCUGUUGAAGAGCGUGGUGCGUGUGGUUUUCCACGACCGGCGCCUGCAGUACACAGAGCAAGAGCAGCUGGAUGGGUGGAGAUGGAGCCGGCCAGGGGACCGCAUCCUGGACAUCGAUGUGCCACUGUCCGUGGGGCUGAUAGAACCCCAGGUGCUGCCCUCACAACUCAACACAGUGGAGUUUCAUUGGGACCCGACCAAGAGGACCUCCCUCUUCCUGCAGGUUCACUGCAUCAGCACCGAGUUCACUCCUCGGAAGAAAGGUGGGGAGAAAGGUGUCCCCUUCCGCCUCCAGAUUGACACUUUCAAGCCCAGCGACAAGGACCUUCCACCUGAGCACCUGCACUCAGCGGGGUGCCUCAUCAAGGUGUUCAAGCCCAAAGGAGCUGACCGCAAGCUGAAAACAGACCGGGAGAAGCUGGAGAAACAGCCCCUGCGGGAGAGACACCAGUACCAGGCUGCCUGUGCGAGCACGGUGUUCGCCGAGUGUUCGCCGUGGCCGGACCCCAGUGCAGGGCCCUCCUCGCCGCUCAGCCCUCUUGCUCUGACGUCUCCCCACGGCUGCAAGCCCCUGUCCCCGGGGAGGCUCUGCUCCUCCCCGCCGUUCGCCUUGGACACCUUGGGGGGCAGCCCCGCUGAGGUGCGUCUUGCCUUUCCAAUCCCCCCACCUGUGUCUCAAAGCCUCCUCGGGGCUUCAGCGGCCUCUGCGGAAUGGGGUGGCGCUGCCCCCUGCUGGACAGAGCUUGUAUGGCCGCAGAUGGCCAAACUGCUGAGAGGACUGGGCGAUGAGCCUGCGGGCUCUCAGACGCGGGCCCGCCAAGGGCAGGGGGCUGUGUCUCUCCUACCCCGUUCUCAGUCCGUGCGCAUGGUGACAACCUGGACUGCCCUCUUCGUGCCGCAGGAUCUGAACCCUGGAGCCUCCAUCCUAGAGACGCAGCAGUGGUUGCAUCGGCACCAGUUCUCCAGCUACUGCCGGGUGCUGGCCAACUUCACUGGCACUGAUCUGCUGAAGCUUACCCGUCAGGACCUUAUCCAGAUCUGCGGGGCUGCCGAUGGGAUCCGCCUUUUCAACGCUCUUAGAGCCAGGCCCAUUCGUCACCGGCGGACUUUGUAUGUGGCUCAGGAGGCCUCUAGGCAAGAGAACGAGGUUCCUAAGAACCCUGACUCAGGCUUUUAUCAAGAGAUCUUUCUAGAUGAACUCAGUGCUGUUGAGCUGAUGGGGAAACUGGCUGAGCUCUUGGCCCUCCCGGCCAAUCAGAUCCACUACCUCUUUCACCAAGGCCCCGGGGGCGUCCUAAUUCUCCUCAGUGACCAGGUGGUUCAGAAUCUUAAGGAUGAAUCAUACUUUGUGGCUGUGGUGAAAAAAGUGCAGAAUCCAGAUGGCUACUACCUGGUUCUCACCUAGGCCCAGGGACAUCCUGCUGCAAGAGUAGGAGACUGAUGCCAGCCUGGUUCUCGGGGGCCCCACGUUCACCAGAAGCCUUGCUUAAAUCCUCAGCUGCUUCAUCCGGCUCUGGGUGAAGCGGGAUGUCCUACCCCCUAGAGAGGAGGGGAGCAGCCCCCAGGCUCCCAUCUCUCUGCUCAGUUGGUGGAACCUGGGCACAGCCUCCCAAGCUCAGCUCAGCUGGCCAAGCCUGAGAGGCAUGGAACCUGCCAAUAUGGAUAAGGCGCCUUUGCCCCAAGCAGUGCUGCCUGAACACUGGGUGCACUGAUUCACGUUUAUUUAAAAUUGUAUUCACCCUUUCCUUUCCUUAAUAUUAAUAGUUAAUUCUAAAAGGCAUAUAUAGGGGCGACUGGG